AUUGUCACGGGCCCCACUAUGAGCCGUACACUUGGGCAAUUGGCAGGCGAGACACUACAGAUUGGAAUUUGGAACUUCCCUCUCUCGGGGAUCAGUCAGUUGGUUAGUGGUGCACGCACAAUACAGUCGUUUUGCCUGCUGCUCGUUGAGGAUUCGGUGCAUCUUCCUUGAUGAGCCUGUGUGUGU